AUGAGUGAAACAGAUGGAAAAGAAAUUAAAAGUGAAACGAUAAGUGAUCGUAAAGAUGAGUCAAUUAAAGCGAAAUUGUGCAAUAAAUUUUCUAUCGAAAACAUCUUAGGAUUAAAUGAUGAUGUGAAGGUUAAUCGGUUUGAAUAUUGUCAGAAAGAUCCAUCGUCACUGAAUCCUGUUCGAGUGUAUGAUUCGAAUUUUAUCAACCAUGAGCUUCCUUCUCACCCGCAAACACCGAGUAUUUUCUGCCGCAAUUGGAUGGAAUUGAACGCCAAUUUCGGUCUUCAAGGUAUCAUUGAGUAA